CUGCCCAUCAAGUUUACGGAGCUGCUCCAGGUAUCAUCGCAGGGCACAUCAAUUGGAUUUAAUUCAUGUACCCUCGAAUCCGAUUCAUACAUCUGUGUCCGGGAGAAGAAGGAUGAAGCCUCACAACCUGAAGUGGUCAUUGUCGACCUGAAGAACAACAAUAAUGUCAUGCGCAGACCUAUCAAGGCUGACAGUGCGAUCAUGCACUGGACCAAACAAAUUAUUGCUCUGAAGGCACAAUCCCGGACCCUCCAGAUCUUCGACCUUGGCCAGAAGCAAAAGUUGAAGUCCGCCACAAUGAAUGAGGAUGUAGCGUUCUGGAAGUGGUUCAGUGAGACAUCGUUAGGCUUGGUAACAGAAUCGGCGGUCUACCACUGGGAUGUCUUUGAUCCAAAUCAACCCUCGCCUGUCGAGAUCUUUAAGAGAAACCAAAACCUUUCCGGCUGCCAAAUUAUCAAUUAUCGUGUCAGCGACGAUGGCAAGUGGAUGGUCGUGGUCGGUAUCACACAACAACAAGGACGAGUGGUUGGUGCUAUGCAAUUAUACUCCCGAGAUCGUGGCAUCAGCCAAGCCAUCGAAGGACAUGCUGCUGCUUUUGGCUCUUUACGCCUUGAGGGAGCUCCUGCAGAUACCAAGGUCUUCACAUUCUCUGUUCGUACCGCUUCGGGAGCCAAGCUACACAUUGUUGAGGUCGACCACCAAGCCACAAAUCCUACCUUCUCGAAGAAGGCUGUGGAUGUAUACUUCCCAGCUGAGGCCGUCAAUGAUUUCCCAGUUGCUAUGCAGGUUUCGCAACGAUAUAGCAUUAUCUACUUGGUCACAAAAUAUGGUUUCAUCCACUUGUACGACUUGGAGACUGGUACUUGCAUAUUCAUGAACCGAAUUUCGAGCGAGACAAUCUUCAUUACUGCGCCGGAUUCAGAAUCGGCAGGUUUGUGUGGAGUUAACAGGAAGGGUCAGGUAUUAUCAGUCUCUGUUGAUGAGAAUACCGUGAUUCCAUACCUCCUUCAAAAUCCCGCCAACUCGAGCCUUGCUGUCAAGCUUGCAUCACGUGCUGGACUACCUGGUGCAGACAACUUGUAUGCAGGUCAAUUCGAUCAACUACUGAACACCGGCAACUAUGCUGAGGCUGCUAAGAUUGCUGCGAACUCACCUCGUGGCUUUCUCCGAACCCCACAAACCAUCGAGCGAUUUAAGUCAUUGCCUGCUGCACCAGGACAACUGUCUGUUAUUCUUCAAUACUUCGGUAUGCUUCUCGACAAGGGAAGCCUGAACAAGUAUGAAACACUUGAGCUCGUUAGACCUGUUCUUGCUCAGAACCGCAAGCACUUGCUCGAGAAGUGGUUGAAGGAGAACAAGCUUGAUUGCUCUGAAGAGUUAGGAGAUGCCGUUCGCCCACAUGACUUGAACAUCGCUCUCUCCAUAUAUCUUCGAGCCAAUGUUCCAGCCAAGGUUGUUGCUGCUUUUGCAGAGACUGGUCAAUUCGAGAAGAUUGUUCCGUACGCAUCACAAGUUGGAUAUACCCCCGACUAUGUUGUGCUACUACAAAGCAUAGUUCGUGUCAACCCAGACAAAGGCGCCGAGUUUGCGACUCAACUAGCAAAUUCCAAUCUCGUUGACUUAGAACGUGUGGUCGACAUUUUCCAAUCCCAGGGCAUGGUCCAAGCCGCAACCGCGUUUCUCCUUGACGCUUUAAAGGACAAUAAGCCGGAACAAGGUCACUUGCAGACUCGUCUACUCGAGAUGAACCUCAUCAAUGCUCCUCAGGUUGCUGAUGCUAUCCUUGGGAAUGACAUGUUCUCUCAUUAUGAUCGACCGCGCAUUGCUCAAUUGUGUGAACAAGCUGGUCUCUCUCAACGCGCCCUGGAGCACUAUGAUGAUCCUGACAGCAUCAAGCGAGUUAUCGUUAAUAUUGUAGCCACCCCAACCUUCUCACAAGAUUGGUUGACCGGCUUCUUUGGACGCCUCUCCCUCGAGCAAUCAUUGGAUUGUCUUGAUGCCAUGUUGAAGAGCAACAUUCGCCAAAAUCUGGCUGCUGUUGUCCAGAUUGCCACCAAGUACUCGGAUCUCCUUGGCCCGGUUAGAUUGAUUGAUCUCUUCGAGAAGUACAAGACUUCCGAAGGUCUCUUCUACUACCUUGGUAGCAUCGUCAAUCUGAGCGAGGAUCCGGAUGUUGUCUUUAAAUACCUGCAAGCAUCAGUUGCAAUGUCUCAAUUCACGGAAGUUGAGCGCAUUUGCAGAGACUCCAACCACUACAACCCCGAGAAAGUAAAGAACUUCUUGAAGGAAGCUAAGUUAACUGAGCAACUCCCACUCAUCAUUGUCUGCGAUCGCUUCAACAUGAUCCACGACUUGGUUCUUUAUCUCUAUCAGGCACAGCAAUUUAAAUCAAUUGAAGUGUAUGUUCAACGUGUUAAUCCGAGUCGUACACCGUCUGUCAUUGGUGGUCUUCUUGAUGUUGAUUGUGAUGAAUCGAUCAUCAAGAAUCUUCUCUCGACCGUCAAUCCAGCAUCCGUGCCCAUUGAUGAGCUCGUCCAAGAGGUUGAGUCAAGAAACCGUCUUAAGAUUCUUCUCCCCUUUUUGGAGACCACGCUCGCUGCUGGCAACCAACAACAAGCAGUGUACAAUGCCUUGGCCAAGAUUUACAUUGAUUCGAACAAUAACCCUGAGAAAUUCUUGAAGGAGAACGAUCAAUAUGACACUCUAAUUGUGGGUAAAUACUGCGAGAAGCGGGAUCCGGGACUAGCAUUCAUUGCCUACUCAAAGGGGCAAAAUGACUUGGAGUUGAUCAGUAUUACAUCUGAAAACUCCAUGUUCAAGGCUCAAGCUCGCUACCUCCUCGACAGAGCUGACCGUGAAUUAUGGGCUUUCGUUCUUAGUCCUAACAACAUUCAUCGUCGUUCUGUCGUUGAUCAGGUCAUCUCUACCGCUGUUCCUGAAUCGACCGAACCCGAUAAGGUCUCGGUGGCUGUUGCUUCCUUCUUGGCUGCCGAUUUACCUGCAGAACUUAUUGAGCUUCUGGAGAAGAUUGUUCUCGAGCCAUCUCCAUUCUCGGACAACGAGAACCUCCAGAACUUGCUCAUCUUGACUGCUACCAAGGCUGACAAGGGUCGUGUCAUGGAUUACAUACACAAGCUGGAUGCAUACAACGCUCCAGACAUCGCCAAUAUCUGUAUCGAGGUUGGUCUGUUCGAGGAAGCUUUCGAGGUCUACAAGAAGAUCAACGACCACUCUAGCGCCGCCAACGUCCUUGUCGAACACAUUGUCAGCAUUGAUCGUGCGCAGGAGUAUGCUGAGCGCGUUGAACUUCCUGAGGUUUGGAGCAGAGUCGCCAAGGCUCAAUUAGACGGUCUUCGUGUCAGCGAUGGUAUUGCCUCUUACAUCCGUGCUGAGGACCCAAGCAAUUACAACGAAGUUAUUGAGAUCGCUACUCAUGCCGGCAAGGAUGAGGACUUGAUCAAGUAUCUCCGAAUGGCACGCAAGACCCUCCGAGAGCCUCCCAUCGACACCGCUUUAGCUUUCGCUUUUGCCCGCACCGACCAGCUCGGCGAAUUGGAAGACUUCCUUCGAGGUACCAAUGUCGCCAACAUAGAGGAGUCCGGUGACAAGGCUUAUGCCGAGGGUUACCAUCAAGCAGCUAAGAUCUUCUUUACCAGUAUCUCCAACUGGGCCAAGCUUGCUACCACUCUUGUUCACCUUGAGGAAUAUCAAGCUGCUGUUGAGUGUGCCCGCAAGGCCAACAACAUCAAGGUUUGGAAGCAAGUUAAUUCUGCUUGCGUUGAGAAGAAGGAAUUCAGACUUGCGCAGAUUUGCGGCCUGAACUUGAUUGUUGAUGCCGAGGAACUCCAAGGUCUCGUCCGACAAUAUGAGCGCAAUGGCUACUUUGAUGAGCUCAUUGCUCUCCUUGAGCAAGGUCUGGGUCUCGAGCGAGCUCACAUGGGAAUGUUCACCGAGUUGGGUAUUGCUUUGUCAAAGUAUCACCCAGAUCGUGUGAUGGAACACUUGAAGCUCUUCUGGUCCAGAAUCAACAUCCCCAAGAUGAUUCGUGCUACCGAGGAUGCUCACUUGUGGCCUGAAUUGGUCUUCCUGUACUGCCAUUACGACGAGUGGGAUAAUGCCGCUCUUGCCAUGAUGGAGCGUGCAGCUGACGCUUGGGAGCACCACUCUUUCAAGGACAUCGUCAUCAAGGUCGCCAAUCUGGAGAUCUAUUACCGUGCAUUGAACUUCUAUCUUCAGGAGCAACCAUCUCUCUUGACCGAUUUAUUGCAAGCCUUGACGCCUCGCAUUGAUGUCAAUCGUGUCGUCAAGAUGUUUGAGAAGUCCGACAACAUCCCGCUCAUCAAGCCAUUCCUUCUCAAUGUUCAAUCGCAGAACAAGAAGACUGUCAACAAUGCCAUUAACGAUUUGUUGAUCGAGGAGGAGGACUACAAGACUCUCCGUGAUUCGGUCGAGAACUAUGACAACUAUGAUCCUGUCGAGCUUGCUCAGCGCUUGGAACGUCACGAUUUGGUCUUCUUCCGCCAAAUUGCUGCCAACAUCUAUCGCAAGAACAAGCGCUGGGAGAAGUCUAUUGCUCUUUCCAAGCAAGACAAGCUUUUCAAGGAUGCCAUUGAAACUGCUGCUAUGUCUGGCAAGUCCGAUGUCGUGGAGGAACUACUCCGCUACUUCGUUGAUAUCGGCAGCCGUGAAUGCUAUGUUGGCAUGCUCUAUGCUUGCUACGACCUCAUCCCUAUCCACGUUGUCAUGGAGAUCUCCUGGCGCCACGGUCUGACCGACUUCACGAUGCCCUUCAUGAUCAAUUAUUUGGCUCAACAGAGCUCGACUAUUGAGAUCUUGAAGAAGGAUAACGAGGAGCGCAAGCUUCGUGAGAAGUCCCAAGAGAAGGAGGAGAAUAACACUCCAAUUCUUGGUGGCAACCGACUCAUGAUCACUGCUGGCCCGACCGGACGUCAAUCC